CGUUACUAGAGUGGCCUCGUUCCAACAGUCGCCUCUCCUUUCUAAAAAGAAAAAUUCGACCGUUGAACACAAAAAUAAUACUCACAAAUCUUGCAAAUAUCAAAUACAGAACCACAAAUCUCUCUCUCUAAAUUGGAACAAAUGGCAACAGUAGUAGAUGAUCCGAACUUGUUCAUAAUCGACGAGGCGUACGAGUUCUCAGCGCCAAAAUACUAUAAUUUCAUUGAUGAAGAAACAGAAGAGGACACACGAAAAGCUGAACAUUGGUUCCAGAUUACAAGCAGCUACGCCCCUUCUCCUUUUAUGCCAAGAAUCAAGACUGGUAGAACGGUUCAACUUGAGAGCCUAUGUGAUUUCACUGAUGCUGAGGAAUUGCAGGAUAAUACAAGGCAUGCGGUUGAGCUCACUUCUUCUGAAAAUAAGGAAGAGGUAACACCGAAUUUGAUCAGACCAGAACAUGGUACAAGUCUUCCUGAUCCGGAAUCUAAAGAGAUGCAAUCUACUGUCCGAGAAACUUGUACGCCACAACCACCAACGAUAUCAUCUCAGAAGAAUGGCUCGCGGAAUACUGAUUCCAAGAGGCAACAGUCAGCCAAAAAGAUUGCAAGCAUACUUAGAAACCCUUCAGAAUUAAAGUCAAAAACUCAAUCACAACAGUCACAUGGGAGUAAAAGGCAAUCAAUCAUGAAAAGUUCUGUUGGAACUCCAAAUUUUUCUCAAGAAAACCAAGCAAUAAAGAGACAAAAACUAAAAGAGGGAAAAUCCAGAAAGAUUCUUGAUAUCAAACUCCAACAUUUGCCACAUAAAACAAGACUUGGGGUAGCUAACAACAGCUGCUCUAACUUAUCCUCUUCAGCAGCUAAAGCUCAAAAAGGGGAGAGAAAGAUGUAUGUUAGGCAACGACAACCUGUUGCGCCAUUUGUUUCAACAGCAGAAAUGAUGAUGAAGUUCCAAUCUAGCACAAGAAAAAUGUCACUAUCGUGCAUAAGCAAUUCUACCCAGGAUAAUCCAACUGAAUCAGCAUGGAGGAAGCCUCAACUUACAAUAACCAGGCCUAAAGAACCCAAAUUUAAAACAGCUCAACGCGUCCGUCCAACAACAGUGAAGAGUUCAGCUGAGCUUGAGGAAGAAAUGAUGGCCAAACUUCCACAGUUUAAGGCUCGCCCAGUUAAUAAAAAGAUUAUGAAAGCUCCAACUCAAGCUGCAUUACCUAAAAGUAUACCCCAACUUCCAGAAUUUAAGGAGUUUCGCUUGGAAACAAUGGCAAGGGCCAAUAAGAAUGCAGAUACAACUUCAGUUCAAUCAAUAGAAUCUUCUCAGAAUCAUCAGUGGCAGCCGCAUAUUACAGCGCCUAAAUCACCUGUUCUUAUAACAGCACUAAGAGCACGGCCUCCAAAGAUUAAAAGCACAGAAGAACUGGAAAAGGAUGAACUUGAAAAAGCUCCCAAUUUCAAGGCAAGGCCUUUGAAUAGGAAGAUAUUUGAAAGUAAAGGAGCUUUGGGAGUGUUCUGCAACACAAGGAAGCAGGUGACUGUGCCUCAAGAAUUUCACUUUGCUACAGAUGAAAGGAUUCCACCAACUCCAACAAACUUUGAUGAUCUCUUUGACAAGCUUUCCUUGAAUUCUGAAUCCCAAAAUGACAAGACUAUUCCGAGAAACACUAUACCAAAUCCUUUUCAUCUUUACACUGAGGAGCGAGGGGUUGAGAAGGAGAGGAAGUUGUUUACUGAAGUUCUACAGAAACAGAUGGAGGAAGAAAGGUCCAGAAAUCCCAAAGCAACUCCGUAUCCUUGCACCACUGAUUAUCCCGUGAUUCCACCAAAACCAGAACCAAAACCGUGCACAAAACCAGAACCUUUCGAACUUGAGAGUCUCGUUAGGCAUGAACAGGAAAUGAGAAGGGAAGUGGAAGAAAAGCAGAGAUUGGAGGAGGAAGAAGCUAAAAUGAGAUUAUUUAAGGCACGGCCAGUCUUGAUUGAGGACCCAAUUCCAGUUCCGGAGAAAGAACGGAAACCCUUAACUGAGGUUCAGGAAUUCAAUCUACAUGCAGAUCACCGUGCUGCUGACAAAGCUGAAUUUGAUAAGAAGAUUGAGGAGAAAGAAAUUAUGCAUAAGCGGUAUAGAGAGGAAGCAGAAAAUGCAAGAAUGAUGGAAGAGGAGAAGGCCUUGAAACAACUAAGGAGAAGUUUGGUGCACCAUGCAACACCUAUGCCUAACUUUGAUCAUCCUUUCAUACCGCAAAGCAAGUCUUCCAAACAAGUGACGAGAUCAAGUUCCCCAGAGCUACAGUUUAUUAAAAGGAGGAAAGAGAUGAGGAAAACAGUCUGUCCCUAUGUAGCAGCUGCCUCUCAAAUGAGGUGAUUGCGACUGAUCAAUUCAAAACCAGAGAGAUGAUGUUCAAGAAUGGUUGAACCCUAACCCCAAUCCCCCACGGUAACAGUUCUGAAAUGAUGGAGCUCAGACUCUGCACUUAUAAUAACCUAAUUAUAAUACUCAAUUAGCUUAGCAUAUUAAAACUGACAAGUAGUUUAGCUUUGUAUCCAAAAACCAACAACAAAAUAUUAGAGAUUGGUGGUGAAGAAGGAAUUAUCAACUUCAUAUAUUCUUAUUGUUUUAGGACAUCAAAAACAGUUACCUUGUCCCC